AUGUCUCCAGCAGCGGCUUCAGCAGUCUCGGAGACUCACUACGAGCUCAUCCGAGACGCCAUCUUCGACAAUGACCGCGCUCGCGUGGCCGAACUGUUGGCCGUGCCUGGAGUCGACGUCGAUCACUUCGACGCUGGCGGCCAGACGCUGCUGCACCUCGCGUGCUUCUGGGGGCGAAUGGACUUGACCAAGUUGCUGCUGGCGGCGGGCGCGAGUCUCAAGACGAAAAACGCGGCCGGAUACACCGCCUUAGACCUCGCGACGCAUUGGGGCCACUCGGCCGUGGCCGAGGUCAUCCGCCUACGCGGAGGCAGCAGCGUCUGGGAGGACAAGCUCGGAGCGCUGCAGGUUGAGCUCGAAGACCUCACGCUGCGCGCGCAGCAUCUUGACACUCAGAACAACGACAAACGCCGUCGCCUUGAUGCCAUGGCCCUUGACUUGCAGUCAAUACAGACGCAACUAGCGGAGGAGAAGAGCGCGCACACCCUCACAUUGGAGCUGUAUCAACGCGCGCAGCAGCAGCUGAGUAGUCAAGUUGGGACCAACCAGCGGCUUGAGCAGGAGCGCGCAAGUCUCACAGAGCAGCUGAACGACGUCAAGCAGCAGGAGCUGGCCGCGCACAACUGGCAGCGGGCCGAGGUGGCCGCCGCCAUGUCGGACUCGCAGCGCAACUUCGCGUUCGCCGAGCGCGACCAGUUCCACCGCGCGCAACUAGCAGCACUAGCUGAGCUGCUGGUGACGACCGAGCGCCUUGGAGCGGCCGAAGACGAGCUCAUGAAGCUCAAGACGGACCUGGCCGAGCACAUUUUCGACAUGAAGCGCGAGCACCGCAAGCAGAAGCACGCGGCCCAAGCCAUGGCCUCCAACAACCGCGUCCAGGGCGGUCGUCGGCCCAACACGACUCCUGUUGAGAUGGUAGCAGUAAGAGAAGAGAAGAAGACGCGAAAGCCCGAGGAAGUGCAGCAACUGCUGCAGGUGGCGAGGGCCACGCCCAAGAAAAUAUUCUCGCUUGCGGCCCGUGAGUAUGGUGAGCGCGUAUACUUGGAGGAGCAGCAGAAGCUUCGCGAGCGGAAGACGCGCCAACAACGCGUGGGGAACCAGUACCGCGCGGUUGGAUUCCGAGCUCCUGUGGUGGACGCGGAGGUCUUCCAGGAGGAGUUCGUGUCCACCGUGCGCGCGUUCGCGUCGUCUCGGAGCGAGAAGUGGCAGAAUCUCAAGCGCGACAGAGAUCGGCAGGCUCGUUAUGCCACUACAACACUCGCUCGACCGAUUUCCACGGCGCCGCUGCCGCUUGAUCCACCGCCAGGCUCGGACGGAACGCUCAACUACAGUCUCUACAGGAAGUACGCGCUGCCAUUACCAAAGAAUUCAAAGCUAAGGCCUGUGACGAGCUGCACGGAGCUGCGUAGGCACGCAGACUUUCUGUCCGAGGCCAAGAAGAAAGUCGCGGACUACCCGCAGCUGCAGGAGGAACCAACGAGCACAGAAGACGAGAAACCGGGAAGCUUCUUGCCCAUGGUCUAG